AUGACGAUGCAAGAUCUACAACGGUGUCUCCAGUGCCAACACAAUCCAAGAGACCAACAACAGAUGUCGGAGUUACACUGCACCCAUCAAGCAUUGAUACAAACCCCACGUUGGGUUCUACAGUGUCAACGCAAUCUGUGCAAGUUACGACAGGCUUGUUGGUGGAUCAUUCUACCAGCGAAGCAGCAAGCUCUAUAUAUUCUCAGCGAACAAAAAAUGACGAUGCAAGAUCUACAACGGUGUCUCCAGUGCCAACACAAUCCAAGAGACCAACAACAGAUGUCGGAGUUACACUGCACCCAUCAAGCAUCGAUACAAGCCCUACGUUGGGUUCUACAGUGUCAACGCAAUCUGUGCAAGUUACGACAGGCUUGUUGGUGGAUCAUUCUAUCAGCGAAUCAGCAAGCUUUAUAUAUUCGCAGCGAACAAAAAAUGUCGAUGCAAGAUCUACAACGGUGUCUCCAGUGCCAACACAAUCCAAGAGACCAACAACAGCAUUGUUGCGUGGCCACUCAUCCAGCGAAGCAACAAGCUCCGUACUUCCUCACGCGACAAAUACCGAUGCAACGUCAACCUCUACAGUGUCAACACAAUCCAUGCAAAUCACGACAGACGCUGAAAAUCUCUGGAAUGGAAAAGAAGUGGAGUCGUGCGCUGAAUGCAACUCACGUGGAACAGAGUUCUGUGGAAAAGGAGUAA